AACUAAAUCAGAAAAAAAACUCAAUUACAAUCAAAGAUAAACAGUUAAAGUGAAUCCAUGGUAACUGAUUAUCUCCCCAUUAGAAGCACUUGACAAGCUCACUCAUCGUUGAUUCAUCGAUGGAAAUAGUUACAUUGUUAUUAUUUUAAUCUCUUGAUUAUUUUAUUGUUUUGUUUUAAUUGUUUCAAAUUCUAUUGUUACCCAAACACGAUGCCAUCGUUAUCCAUUCUGAGGCCAUGUUGGUUGGCCAUGAAUCGCCAAUUAAUUGGUCAACAAUCAGUGUUCAUAUUAAGGAAAUUCUCUGAUGAUAGAGAUUCUCGAUUUAAAAAGGUUUCGAGUAAAUUUGAUGAUGGUUUGUUUAUGAUGAAACAUGAAGAUCAUAAACUUGUCCUAUCUUAUUGGACUCCUUUACGUCAAGUGGUUAAAUGUUUUGUCAAGAAUGAUGAUGAUCGGAAAUCAGUUAAAUUGUUUGAUGUUGAUCAGAAAUUAAACAUUGACGAUUCUACACCAUUGGGAACAGCAUUUCAGGCAAAUGAAAAGAUCCUGUUAAAAGGUAAAGAUCAAUCAAUUUUAUUAGAUUUUGAUGGAUCUCAAUCUGGCCUCAAAAAAUGGAUCUCAUCAACUGAGAUUGUUAAUAAUGAACCAGUUGAUGAGCUCGAAAGGAAACGUAUUGUACUUUUACAAAGCUACGUUCCAAUGCUACAAAAUUUUGAGAAAAUUCUCAUUGAAUCUUCUAGUUCAUCGGCUAUUCGGUUCAAAUGGAUUGGCCUCUUCCUGUUAUCCUCUCAACUUGGUUUUCUCGGAAGAUUAAUAUGGUUUGAAUACUCAUGGGAUAUCAUGGAACCAAUUACCUGGUGUGUCACUUACUCAGCAACCAUAUUGACUUUCUGUUAUUACGUUAUAACGUCUCAAGAAUAUCAAUACCCUCAGGCUGAAAGGAGAAUGGCCAUAAAGCAUUUCUGUGAAUCUUAUUCUAAAAGGGCAUUUGAUCUCAAUUCUUUCACCCAAUUACACCAACAAAUCAAAUCACUUGACAAACAAAUAAGAAAAAUGAAACAAAAAGCUCUCUCUCAACCAAUCGUAUCUCCUCCGACUGUUUCUGAUCAUCAAACAAUAAUCAACUAAAUUGACAAUCUUCAAAUCAAUCAAGUGACAUCUCCAUUUGGACAUAAUUUUUGGAAUCACUUUUUUCAUCGACAGUGGAUAUUAAAUUGUUUUCUCAAUGGCCAGUUGAUCAAAAGUGCAAUAAUAUGAUGUAAAGUGAUGAAAAGAAUGACCCAAAUUCAUUCAUGGUCGAUCAAAAUUAUUAUUGUUGCAUUAAUUGACUCAACAAGAGGCUUCCAGUAAUAAGCAAAAUUGAUCAAUUAUCCAUGAGAAACAAAAAACUUGCACCGAUUGUAAAUGUCCAAGGAAAUGUCAUUUUGUCAACUUGUUGUUUACAACGAUUAUCACAAACUUUAAGCAACAUAUAUAAUCAACUAUCAUUAAUUAUACAAUUUAAUUUUGACUUGUUUUCGUUGAAAAUUUAAAAAUCUCUUACACGUUGAGCAUUUUAUGACCACAUAUUACAAAAAGUAUAAUCAAACCUUUUGAAUCUCUCUUUCCAUGAUCCAUGUUAUUAAUAUUGAUGAAAAAAAAGCACUAAUUCAAAUUGUUCUAAUGUUCAUCUGUAAUCAAAACAAAACAAAACAAAACAAAAAAAACAAUUGUCACGUUGCCUCACAUUUCAAUUAAAUUCACGUCACGAAAAAAUUA